UUGUCCCCUUCAAACGCAAAUAAACCCCCUCUCCUUUCUCUUCUUCUUCCACCUCUCUCUCUUUUUCAAAACUUCACUCCUCACAACUCUUUUUCCCCUCUAAAUGUUUUCCUUCUCACACCAAAAAACACACACUCCUUGCACACAUUCCUCUUUUUAGCACCUUUUUGCAUAAUUUCUACCCUCAUGGACGUGGAAAAACCAGAAUUCUUCGAUGCCAAAAACGGUGAUCAUUUCGUUGAGGACUUUUUGGACUUGCCUAACGAUGACGGAAUGGUCACUGAUGGCACGUUGGAUGCUACGGUCACCGGAAAUUCCACGGAUUGUUCGGUCCUCGAUAAUUCAUGCAACUCCUCAAUGUCCGGAAGCCAUCACGGCCCACUACUUGGUGACAAUAUUGGCUAUCGAAAUUUCUCCGAGGGACACUUCUCCAAUGAAUUCCCCGUGCCGUAUGAAGAUUUGGUUGAGCUGGAAUGGCUAUCGAGUUUUGUGGAAGAAUCAUUCUCAAGCAACGACACGCAGAAAACACAGAUGAUGCAAGCAAUGAAGAGUCGAACUGAUUCCGAGAUUCACCAAUUCAUUCCUGACCCGAACCUAUCAUUCGCAGCGUCUAGCGCACAAACCUUCAAGCCGGAAAUGCCUGUCCCAGCCAAAGCACGUAGCAAGAGGUCACGUAUGGCUCCAGGCAACUGGGCCUCUCGCUUGCUAGUCGUGUCUCCCAACACCAUAACCCCGGAAUCCCUGAUGGACCCGACAUCAAUGCAAGACAUGUCAUCGUCAUCAGAGUUCGGAAUGAUGAUUCCGAGCUCUGGCAAGAAGACGGUGAAGUCUUCUACUCCGAAAAAGAAAGAUAGUACUACUAGUCAUCAUGGUCCAAGUAACAUGGCUAGCAAUACUGAAGGAAGGAAGUGUCUUCAUUGUGCUACCAAUAAGACACCCCAGUGGAGGACAGGACCAAUGGGUCCAAAAACACUUUGCAAUGCUUGUGGUGUAAGGUACAAGUCUGGACGUCUCGUCCCUGAAUAUCGACCUGCUGCUAGCCCGACUUUUGUGCUCACUAAACACUCCAAUUCUCACCGCAAAGUACUUGAGAUUCGGAGGCAAAAGGAAGUUAUAACUCGUGCUGAACACCAACACCAAUUCCUUCCCCAGAACAUGAUGUUCGAUGUAUCCAAUACGGAUGAUUACUUGAUUCAUCAACAUAUUGGGCCAGAUUUUCGGCAGCUAAUCUAGUGAUCAACGUACUGCCGGUGCAGGAGUUUGCUUUCUGAUCUUGAAUUUCCCUUGUUAGAGGAUUGAAUUUCCUCAAAUUUUUUCUAGAUUAAUUUACUAGGACUAGAUUCCUAACUUUUCGAAUUUUGUAGCUUUGUCAUAGAAAUUGAAAAAACAAUAUUAAAGGAAAAGUGAGACUAAAAGACAAGAAAGAAUGAGCAAUACAAGUAGAAGGUGUAGGGUCUAGUAUCCUAAGAUUAUGUUCCUUUGCCAAAAUCAUGGCAAUUUCAUCGAACCAAUUUUUCCUGUUAUACAAUUAAAUUUGCUUUACUCUUUUUUA